GCGAGCGGGGCGCGCAGCGGUUACUCUGGUUACUGUCCGCGAGGGAUGCUGGGGACCCGGCGGGCAGGAGCCUUCGCCUCGCUCUGAAGGACGCUCAUCCGAGACAGCCAUUCACUCUCGAGGAAGGCAAGUGUCGGUCGGACAGGUUCCCGGCCGUGACUUCGGGGCUUGCUUGAGGAGGAAUCUCCAAGGGAGGGCUGAGCUGCCAGGCUGCCGCCGCGCUUCGGGACGCCGUGGCCAUCUUUUGUUGGAGAAGGCUGCCGGGGCAGUGUUGCUAAGGGCAGCUUUCCCAGCACCCAGAUCCUUCUACGCUCCCGACUCCUUCCUACCGAGCACCUGCUGCUGGUGACAAAAGACCGUUUACAGCCAGGCGAGCGGACAUCGAAGUAUACAGCCACAUUCGCACCCCUCAGCCCAAUAGAGAGGCCCGUGUCCAUCAGUUGGCUGAAUGAAGAAGUGUGUAAUCAGGAGCCGUUGGGGUAGGCAGGCUUUAAAUGCUGCCUUUUAAGAUCUGGACAACUUAAGAUACAUUUGCACUCUCAAUGAUUUCAAAAAUUGAUCACAUCUGACUCGUGAUCCUGAAACUAUUUAUUGGAAGAAGUUCGACCGGUUGCCCCGAACCCCUUUGAGAACUACAUUUUGGGGACAUUUUAAUCACUGAAGACCUUCCGAGGAAAAAAGACCCCCCCAAGAGACCCCCAAAACACAAAAUCCUCAGCCUUGGCUGGUGCCACCAAAGAAGCCUUUUGAGCCAUGUGGACUUUUCUUGGCAUUGCUACCUUCACCUAUUUUUAUAAGAAAUGCGGGGAUGUCACCCUGGCCAACAAGGAGCUCCUGCUGUGCGUGCUGGUGUUCCUGUCGCUGGGCCUGGUGCUCUCCUACCGCUGUCGCCAUCGACACGGGGGCCUCCUUGGCCGCCAUCAGAGCGGCGCCCAGUUCGCUGCCUUCUCGGAUAUUCUCUCUGCUUUGCCUCUUAUUGGCUUCUUCUGGGCCAAGUCACCUGAAUCAGAAAAGAAAGAACAGCUGGAGUCCAAGAAGUGCAGAAAAGAAAUCGGUCUUUCAGAAACGACAUUAACAGGAGCAGCUACCUCAGUGUCGACCUCGUUCGUGACGGACCCGGAAGUGAUCAUCGUGGGAUCUGGUGUGCUUGGAUCUGCCUUGGCAGCAGUUCUCUCCAGAGAUGGAAGAAAGGUGACGGUCAUCGAGAGAGAUUUAAAAGAGCCCGACAGGAUAGUUGGGGAGCUGCUGCAGCCAGGAGGCUACCGUGUUCUCCAGGAGCUGGGCCUUGGAGAUACAGUAGAAGGUCUCAAUGCCCAUCAUAUACAUGGCUACAUAGUUCAUGACUAUGAAAGCAGAUCUGAAGUUCAAAUUCCGUACCCACUGUCAGAAACCAACCAAGUGCAGAGUGGAAUUGCUUUUCACCAUGGCCGAUUCAUCAUGAGUCUCCGGAAAGCAGCUAUGGCAGAGCCCAAUGUAAAGUUUAUAGAAGGUGUUGUGCUUCAGUUACUAGAGGAAGAUGAUGCUGUAAUCGGCGUGCAAUACAAGGACAAGGAGACUGGGGACACCAAGGAGCUCCACGCCCCGCUCACCGUUGUUGCGGAUGGACUCUUCUCCAAGUUCAGGAAGAGCCUCAUCUCCAGUAAAGUCUCCGUUUCUUCCCACUUCGUUGGCUUCCUUAUGAAGGAUGCACCACAGUUUAAACCCAAUUUUGCGGAGCUUGUUCUGGUCAACCCCAGUCCAGUUCUCAUCUACCAGAUUUCUUCCAGUGAAACUAGGGUACUUGUUGAUAUUCGGGGAGAAUUGCCAAGAAACCUAAGAGAAUACAUGGCUGAACAAAUUUACCCACAGUUACCUGAGCACCUGAAGGAGUCAUUUCUGGAGGCCUCUCAGAAUGGUCGUCUGCGGACCAUGCCGGCCAGCUUCCUUCCUCCUUCCUCAGUGAACAAACGAGGCGUCCUUAUUCUGGGAGAUGCGUAUAACCUGAGGCACCCUCUUACUGGUGGAGGAAUGACAGUUGCUUUAAAAGAUAUAAAAUUGUGGAGACAACUGUUAAAAGACAUUCCUGACCUUUAUGAUGAUGCUGCUAUUUUCCAGGCCAAAAAAUCAUUCUUUUGGUCAAGAAAAAGGACCCAUUCCUUUGUUGUGAAUGUAUUGGCUCAGGCCUUGUAUGAAUUAUUUUCAGCUACAGAUGAUUCCUUGCAUCAGCUCCGAAAAGCUUGCUUUCUGUAUUUUAAACUUGGUGGAGAGUGUGUGACCGGUCCUGUUGGGUUGCUUUCAAUAUUGUCUCCUCACCCUCUGGUGUUGAUUCGACACUUCUUUUCCGUUGCAAUCUACGCCACGUAUUUCUGCUUCAAAUCAGAGCCGUGGGCUACAAAACCACGGGCCCUUUUCAGUAGCGGUGCUGUACUGUACAAAGCGUGUUCUAUCCUAUUUCCACUCAUCUAUUCAGAAAUGAAGUAUCUGGUUCAUUGAAAGGGAGUCCACGUGCAGUCAAGUCCCUUGGGGCUUGAAGAGGAUGUAUAUAGCAUAGAACUGUGUCACUUCCACAGUGGACUUGAGGACCAAGCUUGUGUAUAAGCAUGUAAAUAUAAGCCUUACUUUACAGUUGAAAAUGAAGGUCAGAGAAGCUAGAUGUUUAAAAGGAUGAUUGUUUCUACAAAUCAGUGCUAACACUCAAGUUUUUCUUUUGAUUUCAGUAUUUGGGGUGACUCAUUGGGACAAGCCAAUAAAAUGAAGAGUGAACUCUUA